UCAUUUUCUAUGAUGCUAGUACGCAGUGAGCCAUUGCUCGUAGGCAAUGAGUGUUUUCCAAAAACAUUCAUUAAAGUUUGAUAGUGUUUCUCACUCUUUCUGCUGAAUAUUUUGCCCCGUAUAAACAUUUAUACCAAUUUAUACCACAAGAAAGUGAUAAUACAGAAGUGCAUUGUAGCGGUAAACGUGGAAACAAAGGCGAUAUUUUCCUGAUUAAACGGAUAUUUGCCUUGUGUUGAGUUGCGGGCGAAAUCGUUGCCGGUGGCAAAUGAAAUAUUUUAGACCCGGGACGAAUCUGUUCGUUGAGGAAGGCGAAGACUGUUAUAUACUUGACAAUUAGCGGAGUGGCUGAAACUAUAUAGAGAAUGGCAGAUACAGGAAAGAAACCGGAUCUAACAUCAGAUACACAAGAUACCUACUAUGAAGGUACUGAGACGCAGGAUCCUACUCAGUUGCAGAAUCAACCCAGUGAGGUAGUAAAUGAGUCACUUAACGAAAGCCAAGAUUUUUGUUUGAUCGAUGAGGGGGCUGAGGACUCGAUAGAGGAAAACCCUGAAGUUGACUCUAAAAGUUUUAAAGCUGUACCAGUCUUAAAGGAUGAUAAGGAUGAUGUUAUUGACAAGGUUAUGGAGAAUAUUUCACUGGAAUUGGAGAAGAGUAUAGUUGAUAAAGAUUACUCACAUGCCAAGAAAAAUGUUUCUAGCGAUGAAGACGAAGUUGUUCAGGGUACACCUCCUCAUACUAGUUCGCCAACUAGAAAAGAAUCUUUGAUUACUGUUAGAAGUACGCCACAUAAGAGGAAGGCAGAAUUGGAUGAUGAACCAAAAAGAAAAAUAGCAAAGAUUCAGCAUGAAGAUGAUCCUUUAAUCUUGGAUAAAAAAGAAUCCAUUGACAAGGAUUCUGACGUGUCAGUGAACAAAGAGAAAAGUAUACCUGGUGAUUCAGUUAUCCUAGAAGACACACAAGCAUUACAACCUGUCAGUCAGACUCAGUCUGAGAACGAUGAUAGUGCUAUAAUCGCAGAAUCACAAGAAACGCAAGAUGACCUUAGGUUAAUAUUGGAAAACAGUCAGGAUGCUUCUGUGGAGGUUGUACAAGACACCCAGAAAAUUCUUAUUGAGCAAAAGACCAAUUCGGAUGACACUCUUCCUUUGGAUGAAAAAAGUGUACAGGAUGAGAAGAAAGAAACAAAAGAAGAGCAAAUAUGUCCAAAAGAAACUAAUGGAUCUGCUGUUACUGAAAAUAAAUCAAACAAGGCAACUCCAGAUGAACCUGAUAAUAGUAUAAAACCUCAGGUAUCCUCUGAGAAGUCUAUAUUGUCUACUCCUGAAAAACCAAAAAGCCCCUGUAAGGAUAAUCUUGCAGAAACCAAAAGGAAAGAGUUGAAUAAAACGCCGGAAAAUACAAAAACGUCCGAAUCGCAUGUAAGAAAUUUGGCAGAAUCCAUGGAAGUGGAUGAAGCAGAUGAAAAGGAGGAAUCAAAAAUACAAAUGGAAGAAACACCAGCGCCACCUGGCAAAUCGAAUAAAUCACGUAUGAGCAUUGAAGUAAUUUUCGACCGAAAGUCAAUUAACCAAGAUCAGAAGGUACGGUCAGCAGAACUUGUAGAAAUCGAUGAAGAUGGUGAGAAAAUUGUAUUGGACUCAUCUCAAGAGGAAUUGGGAGUGCAAUCUGUAGAGAAAGGAGUACCUAUUAACAAAAUCACAGAUGACACAGUGUAUAAGAGUUGUUACGAUAGUAAAAGUAGUAGUGACUUGAGUUACAAAUCUAUAGGAACAUCAGCAACAAAGGAGUUGACAACUGAUAUAAGCUCGGUUAAUUCAAAUUCAGGAGAAUAUCGACUGACCAAUGGCAGCAGCGGCUCUGCCAAACAGGAUACUGAUUGUACAGAGAGUGUCAAAUCUGAUAUAAUACUUGAGGAAUCUAGAGAUGAUAGUAACGUACCUAUAAUCAAAUCUUUUAGCCAGAGUCCAAUAAAAAAAUUAAAGCUAAGUGGGCUGUCAACAUUUUCAGGAAAAACAACUGACCAUCCAGAAUUACUGAGUAUUAGUGCCAAUAUUACUGACAGUGAGGGUGAAGUCUCUCUUGCCGAUGACUUAACAAAGUCUCAAGAAGUGUCAGGUGCAUUAAAAACAUUCCCUGUGGAAAAAGAAUUCGGUAUCUACAUGAGGUUAAAAUGCCUUUUACAUGUCGAUGAAAAUACCAAAGAGCUUGUCAGUAAGGAAGUAGUAAGUGCAAAUUGUGAUGCCGUAAUGGAUUCAUUUGUCACUCGAAGAAGGAAUAGUGAUCAGUCUGCAUGCUUAGCUGACAUAUCUGGCAACGAUAACAAGGAUACAUCUCCAGGAUCUGUGAAUAGCAAUUGUCAACCCUACAAACUUCAUCCAUCCAGACUGUCUAUGGCAUCGACAGUAAGUUCUUCGAGUUCUGUAUCCAGUGCAGCUUCACUGGCUGCGAAACUCAUACAGAAGGACAAUGCGCACUUUAUGCUACCAAGGGGACCAGCAAAACAUGCUAAAAAACCAAAUCACGAAUGUCAGCAAAAUGUUUCAAGCGAUGAGAAAACUUCAAGUGAUGAACAAUUUGACCGGCUCGUAGGCGAAUGGAAAAAUAGCAAGGCUAUCCUGGUGAACACUUUACGUUUGGUAAAUGCUGAACUUCAUGGAGUAGAACUUCACAAUGGGACUGUAGAACGCUCUGAGGAUUCCCUCAAGACGAUACACUCUUCUACACCAGAUAUAGAGCACCAAGAUGAGAUAGAGAAGCCACAAAUAAGUACCCCUAAGAGCACGAAAAAAGGAAGUGUAAGAGUAACUAAGAGGACGACUCGGAGCAAGGGUAGUAAAUUAUCCCGUUCUAAUGUUCUAGCAAAAGCAUCGCCAAAGCCAAAUUCUAAUGUAGCAUUGCAGGAUGCCGUUAAGAGUAGUUCUGACACCGUUGUGGCGCCUUCUGCAAAGACUAUGACGAAUUCCUCGACGCCAGUCAAGCAAGGGGGCAUCAGCGUCGAGACUCUAAGAAGUUCAACACCCCAAAAUGUACCUAGUGAUGAUCUCAUCGGUAAGGAAGUCUUCGCCAAGUGGUCGGACAACAAUUACUACCCUGGCACCGUGAUUAGUAAGACCAAGGUCAAGCUUAAGGUGCAUUUCCACGAUGGUAAAACUAAACUACUUAUAGAGGAUUUUGUUAUUCCUGUACCAAAAACUCUGAACGAAGGUCUUUCCGUCUACGCUAUUAAUAAGGAAAGCGGUUACGGAUCGUGUGGCAUUAUUGUCGACUCCGAAGUUGAGGAUCAAGUGACCUAUUACACUGUUGAGACCGAUGAAGGUGAGAAACUACGUGUUCAAGUAAAGGACAUCUUCUUGACAGCUGAUCAGGCUCAAGUUCUUAGAGAGGAAGUGAACUCACAGACAAAGAGUUUGCCAUCGACACCACAACGCUUGAGUCAAGUCACCCUGGACAAUAUCGUCGAUGGUAAACGACGUUCUAAGAGGAUUGGCGUUGCUCUACCCUCCACACCAAAAUCCAGACGUGGCACAGGUGGUGUUAGCGUCAAAACAGAGGACAUGCCAGAACCCUCCGUUUCUGGAGUAGCCACUAGGUUGCUAGCGAAAGUAGAAAAUGAAACAGAAAAGACAAGUGACUCAAAUUCUUCUGCAAUUGAGGAUAAGGAUAUUCAGGACACAAAGACCAUCCACGGAGUGGAACCAGAAAUUAUUGGAACUCCAUACGAACAAGUGACUAAGGGCCCACAAAAUAGAGUAAAGGGAAAACCUAGGAGUAAAAAAAAUACCGAGGAUAAGGAGAUGAUCGCAAUGCUUGGUCCUAUUCCUAAUUCUAAUAUAUUCAAAGGGGUCUCCUUUGUAUUAACCUGCGCCUCCGUUCAGACUAUAGACAGAUACAGAACUGAAGUCGAGGAGCCAAAUUUAUCAUCAGAAUCAGAACCAGGAACAGAGAACGAAGAGGAGUGGAUAAAGACUCCCUUUGUCAGGGAUAGAUUAAAGAAACAGAUUAUUGCUGGUGGUGGACGCGUCUAUGAUGAUCUUGAACAAGUUCCUCGAGAUGAUUAUAAGAAGAUUAAACUCAUAACAAACAUACCAAACCUGACAGCGAAGAGUAUAGAGUGCCUAUCACUUGGUAUUCCUGCUUAUAAUCACAAUUGGAUUAUACGCUGUUGUCAACAGAACAAAAUGCUUAAUCCUGAUGAAAAUAUUCUGCCAGCCGGAUGGAGUCUUGGCAAGAGAUCCUAUGUCGACAUGUUUCAACCUCGCAAAACGAAACCAUUUAACCACGCUGUUAUCGUAAUUCCAAUCUUACGUCACGAGAAGCUCUUCCAAGUAUUCUGGGGCAGGAUCUGCGAAAAUGCUGGUGCCAAGGUGAUACACGUGGACGAUCCAGCACAAAACUUCGAGGGUGCCACUGUCGUCGUUACCAAUAAUAGAUGUCCAUCCUGGGUCGUAGAGAAAGCUAAUAAUUGGGAAAUUCCUUUGGUCUCGACGACCUGGGUCGUACAAUGUCUUGUGGAAGGUAACAUUUGCCCUUGUGAUACGCUUCCAAGUUUCAAGUACACAUACGUUCGAUCUUAAAGGAUUUGUAUCGUGAUUAAUUUUCUAAGAUCCUUCUUGUUUACUAUUUUCUUCUCUUUUCUAUCCUCAUUUUCUACAGUGUUUAAAUAUGUGUGAUUCGCAAUUGUUGCGACCGACCAACUAAAAAGAUUUUAAUGAACUAGACCGACUGAAAUGUUUGAUACUUUCAUGAAUGACAGAUGUCAUUAAUCAAUGUUUUAAUUUGUUUCUAUGCAAGAGAGUAAGUAUUCUUUUUUCUUGUUUGUUAUGACACUAACUGUGUUAUCAACUAAAGGAAAAAGAAUCAAAAUUGACAUCAACUUGACGGUCAUCAAUUGAGAAAAAAGGUUUAAAUUUAUGUGGGAAUUUCACUUUACGUAAAACGAGAUGAGUCGUUUUACGUAAUGAUGAUUAUACCUUUAUCUAUACAUAUUUAUAUGUAUACAAGGUACAGUGCAUGUGCAUAUAUAUGUAGUUUCAUUUUUAUUAUAUAAAUAGUAAAUACUAUGUACAGUUUUUUCUGGCGAUAAAAUAUAUUGACAUAUUUUGGCAA